GUCAGUCAGUCGUCAGCGGCCAUCAACUUCAGCGGCAGCAGCAGCAAGAAAAGAUUUUCCACACGGCUCAACACGAUUUUCUUGACGAUUUUUUUCAUGAUGUGUUGUCACCUGCUGCUGCUGUGUUGGUAGAAGAGAGACGGACUGAGUGAGUGAGGGGUGUGCGUGCGAGUGAGUGUGCGUAUGUGUGUGCUUACCUGACAGAAGAAGGGGGAGCAAGAGAGGAAAAAGAAGAGUUUUGGUGUGUCAGUUCGUGGAGUGAAAACUGCUCUGCCAGGCCAGCAGCCAGAAGAAAGCAAAAUUGUGACACGACACGGCUGGAAAUGUGGAAAUUGGGCUGGUUUUCCACCUGACACGGUAGCAACGAAAACGCACGGAAUUCGUCCAGGUUCGAGCCGUCGUCGGUCCGGCCAGGUGUAACGCGCCCGAGAAGUGGGGAAAAAAGUGGCCACAAAAAAAAACGCGAUAUUUUUUUGUGUUGGUAAUGUUUUAAGUUAGGCAAAAAAAAAGAAAAGAGUUCCGCAAAGAGCCUCCCCCCGAAGAAAAAGGCCCCACUCGCCAUCGCAAUCCGCGUUCCGGAAGUCUGCCCGCGCCCCCGUUAAAGAUGGCCGCGACGACAGCCGCCGAGCUGCAGCAGCUCCAGGUUGAGAUCGAGCGGCUGAACCGGGAGCUGGACCAGGCCAGCAGUGAAAACAUCCAGUCGGCCAAGUACGGCCUUGGGCUGCUGGAGGAGAAGCAGGGCCUGCAGUCCAAGUGCGAGGAGCUGGAAGCGCUGUACGAGAAUGCACGGCACGAGCUGGAAAUCACGCAAGAGGCGCUGCAAAAAUUCCAAAAGACACAACAGGUCACCAACAAAAGUGGCAUCGAGCAGGAGGAUGCCCUGCUCAACGAGUCGGCCGCGAUGGAGACCUCCCUGAACCUGCAGAUCCUGGAGCUCGAGAGCGAAACGAAACAGCUGCGGCACGAGCUGGAGCGGGUCACGAACGAGCGGGACCGCAUGCUGCAGGAAAACUCCGAAAUCGGCCGGGACAAGUCCGGGGCGGAGGCGGAACGGGCCCGGCUCAAGGCCGAGCUCAAGGACAUGAAGUACAGGGAAACGCGAAUGCUCAGCGACUACAGCGAGCUGGAGGAGGAGAACAUCUCGCUGCAGAAGCAGGUGUCCAGCUUGCGGAGCUCGCAGGUGGAAUUUGAAGGUGCCAAACACGAAAUCCGACGGCUCAGCGAAGAAAUCGAGUUGCUCAACUCGCAGGUGGAGGAACUGGCCAGCUUGAAGAAGAUCGCCGAGAAGCAGAUGGAGGACGCGCUGACCGCGUUGCAAAUUGAGCGCGAGACCAAGUACGCGCUCAAGAAGGAGCUUGAUACACAUAUCAAUCGGGAAUCGAUGUACAACAUUAGCAAUCUGGCAAUCAGUAUACGGGGAAUGGAGGAGAGCACGCUCAACAGCAGCGACUGCGAGGACGAGAUGCCCACGCUCAAGGACUCGACGCUGAAGCGGCUAGAGACGCUGGAGGCGGAAACGGCCGACCUCAAGUCGCCGGACGGCACCAAGGUCGACCUGUUCUCCGAGAUCCAUCUGAACGAGCUGAAGAAGCUCGAGAAGCAGCUGGAGCUGAUCGAGAACGAGAAGAUCUGCCUGACGGCGAACCUGCGCGACGCCCAACAGAACCUGGACAAGAGCCAGAACGAGAUGCAGAACUUUAUGGCGAAGCUGACGCUGCUGGCGGCCCACGUGGACGCGCUGCAGAACCUCAAGAAGCAGAUCGCCGCCGAGGACAAGUUUGCCAACGUGUCCAACAACAAGGACAAGGUGAUGAACGACAAGCUGAACGAGGCGAUCCUGCAGUACUCGAACUGGUUCACGCUCAGCUCGAAGGAGAUCGACACGCUGAAGGCCGACCUGGUCGAGCUGCAGAAGGGUCUCAACUGCUCGGACGCGAUGGCCGUGCUGCGCAACGAAAUCACCAAUUUGAAGAACAAGUUGCUGUCUUCAGAGCAGAAAUCGUUGGACCUGCACAGCGACGUCCAGGUUCUCACGACCCUGUCGCAGAACGCCGGCCAAAGCCUGAACUCGACCCGCAGCAAUUUGGUUUCGCUCAGCGACGACCUCGCCCAGCUGUACCAUCUGGUGUGCACCGUCAACGGCGAAACGCCGAACCGCGUCCUGCUCGACCACAAGAACGACGAUCUUAGCUUCGACAACGACUCGCUGUCCGCGAUCCAGUCCCAGCUCAAGUCCGACAUCCUCACCUCGAGGCCGCACGUGUUCGAGGACCUGCAGGCGCUGAGCGACGCCGUCGAGAUCAAGAAGUACGUGGACACGAUCAGCGACCAGAUCAAGUACCUCAAGACGGCCGUCGAGCACACGAUCGAGCUGAACAAGGACAAGGUGUCGGACGUGGCUGCCGGCGACAAGGACGCCAAGGAGGAGAUCGCCGACCUGCACGAGCAGAUCAUCAAGCUGAAGAGUCUGCUGUCGACGAAGCGCGAACAGAUCGCCACCCUGCGGACGGUGCUCAAGUCGAACAAGAACACGGCCGAGGUGGCGCUCACCAACCUCAAGUCCAAGUACGAGAACGAGAAGCUGGUCGUGAGCGACACCAUGUCCAAGCUGCGCAACGAGCUGAGGAUCCUGAAAGAGGACGCCGCCACCUUCUCCAGUACGAUCCCCUUUAUAAUAUCUUACCUUUCCCUCGAAGUACUCAACCCGCCAUUUUUUCCCGUAGGUCUGCGGGCGAUGUUUGCCGCCCGCUGCGAGGAGUACGUGACGCAGGUCGAUGAGCUGACGCACCAGCUGUCGGCCGCCGAGGAAGAGAAAAAGACUCUGAACCAGCUGCUGCGGCUGGCGGUGCAGCAGAAGCUCGGGCUCACCCAGAAGCUCGAGGAGCUGGAGAUGGAUCGCGAGAUGCGCCACGUGCGGCGACCAGCGAUGCCGGCCCGAGGUGGUGGCAAGUCCGCCUUCUCGCGGGGUGUCCCCGCCCGCAGCAGCAACCAGAACCCGAACAACAGCAACGCCGGCAGCGGCGGCGGCGCCAACAAUCCGAACCAGGCAUUCUUCUAACAUAAGGUGAGCGUGCAGCGUAAGAUCCUAGCCUUCCUCUACACACUGCUGAAGAUGUAAACGGUCCAUCGUCCAAGGAAAAACACAAAAACAAACAAAAAAUUUCUCAUCCAUCCAUCCAAGCGAACGAGAGAGAGAGCGAGACGUUUCGGUUUUUCCUGUUUGAUUGUUCGUUCGUUAGGUUUUUCUUUUCUUGUCUCUCGUUGCGCGAUUCUUCGUUGUUGGCCGGAGCCGGAGUUGUCCAGAGAAAAAACGGACCGGCGCGUGUGUUUCACCUGCCUCCUUUUUGUACUAUACACAAGCCGUUAUACCUAUGAAUCCAGGACUAAUCAUGAAUGCGAGAGCGAUGUGUGAUGUGAGGCAUAUAUUUUUAAAUAAUAUUUGUAAGCUAAGCUGCGGUGCGGUGUCCCGUUUUGCCCCACCCAAAGCAGAGGGGCAAAGCAAGGUCGGGGCACGCGCACGCGAAAAAAAGACGAGUUCGGGCGAGUGUGUGAAAGUAUAUAUCGUUAAAUUAUUUUGAUAAGAUUAUAAUAUAUUGUAACACGAGACACGACGCGACGCGGUGUGACUAACCACAGGCAAGGAAAAUUUAACCACUUACACAGAAACACACACCCACACACAUGCAUAAUUAUUAUUUUUCUCUUUUUUUUUUUGGGUUAAGCUAAAAAGGGGAAGAUUAAAGAAAACGACAAGCUGUACGCGCUGCAAGCAAAACAUUAUCAAAACUUUUUAAAUGUACCGAGCGUAGUCGGACAAAACACACAGACACAGACAGACUCGUAUGUAGGAAAACAAACAAAAAAUAUUUCUUGUUAGGAAACAAACAAUUUAUUGUCAAACAAUAACGUUACAAUGAUGAAAUUUGCAAAAUUGUAGAUAUUUUUUUCUUUUUGUCUUCUUGUGCAAUAAAAGUUUUUUGUUUUACAAAUGA